AUGGCCUCGGCGGUGUUUGAGGGCACGUCUCUCGUGAACAUGUUCGUGCGCGGCUGCUGGGUGAACGGCAUCCGCAGGCUCAUCGUCAGCCGGCGCGGCGACGAGGAGGAGUUCUUCGAGAUCCGCACCGAGUGGUCGGACCGCAGCGUGCUCUACCUGAACCGCAGCCUCGCCGACCUGGGCCGCCUGUGGCAGCGACUCCGCGACGCCUUCCCGGAGGACCGGCCGGAGCUGGCGCGCGCGCCGCUGCGCCAAGGACUGCUCGCCAUCAAGAAUGCCCAGGACAUAGAGAGCCGACUGGACGAGGUGGAGAAGCUGCUCAAGACGGUGAUUGGCAUGCCUUGCAAGUAUUCCAGGUCGGAAGUCGUGCUCACCUUCUUCGAGAGAUCGCCUCUGGAUCAGGUGUUGAAAAAUGAUAACGUGCACAAAAUUCAACCCAGCUUUCAGAGUCCGGUCAAAAUAUCAGAGAUCAUGAGGUCCAAUGGAUUUUGUUUAGCCAACACGGAGACAAUAGUCAUUGACCACAGUAUAUCCAACGGAAAAGACCAGCACCUGGGUGUGGACCCGGCAGAGCACUUGUUUGAGAACGGCGGUGAGUUCACCUCGGAGCUGGAGGAGGGCGAUGACCCCGCGGCGUAUGUCACCAACCUGUCCUAUUACCACCUGGUCCCCUUUGAGACAGACAUUCUGGACUGAGCCUCCCCGGCCUCGGCCCGCGACCCUCAGUGCCGGGGCCACUCCACUGGCCAGAGCUGCCGCUCCCCGCCUGUGACGCCGGGGGGCCUGUGUGUGGAUCUGCCGCGGUUCCGGGUGGCCAAGGCCAUGCUGCCUGCCGCCUUAGGUCUUCUCUCCAGGACGCCACCAGCUGCCCCCCCCCUUCCGGGGGGCUCACUGUCCAGCACAGGGACCCCGGGCCUGUGGGCUCCGCCGGCUGUCGCUACUUUCUCUGAAGGAGAGCUGCUCAGGUGCCCACCCUGCCUCCGGGUCCAGGGCACAGGGCAUUUCAGAAGAGGUUCUGACGGUGACCAAGCUCUGGGCACCACAGGCAGGGCCGCACAGUCCCCCAGGGUCCCCGGGAGCCGGCAGGGGAAGCUCUUGUAUCUGGUUUUCAUCUCCCUGGAGACUGAGUCCUGGUCCCAGGGUGGAGCUGGCGUCGGGAGUGCGGGCUCCCGGGAGACGGCGCUGACCGCGGGCGCUUGGACUGGGAGUGAAGGAUUCCGCUGCCUUCCAGCGUCUCUGCUCACGGGCGCGCCCUCCCCGGCACACAGCCAGGUGACGGCCGUGACGGCGCUGGGAGGGCUGGGCUGCGAGUUUCCCUUCUCCCAAGUCUACUAACGACCAGCACCUGCUAGUGUAAAUAAUAGUAAAUUAUUGAGAUUUCUAAUUCUUUUACACAGUCUGUUUUUAAUCUAUUUUAAUGAAAUAAAAUCUGUUACUCUACUCUGA